AUGGGGGGCGCCGUCGCGAGAGGAGCACCGCGGCGCCAUCGCUACUACUCCCGAAUGGAGCUCCGGUGCAGGACGCCGGCCCGCAGGCAGGGCCCCCAGGGCCCCGGGGCAUCUGCUCUUCCUCUGCUGCUACUGCUGCUGCUGCCACUGAGGCCCGUGGGCUGCCUGGCGAGCCAAGCCCCAGGGACACUGCCUGAGCCUGCUUCCGCCGACCCUGGCGUCUCCUGCGGCCCCAGUGCCACCUGUCCCUCAGACGAGCCUCGCCUCCCCCGCCAGGCCCCCACCGACCUGUCGCAGCCCAUGACCCCCCAGACCCAGACCAUGUCUGUUUCUACCGGGUACAACACCUUCCUCACCUGUGGCUCCUCCCAGGAGAAGGACCCCACCCUCAGGGACCCAGAGGCCAUGGCUCGGCGGUGGCCAUGGAUGGUCAGCGUGCAGGCCAACGGCACACACAUCUGUGCGGGCACACUCAUUGCCUCCCGCUGGGUGCUGACCGUGGCCCACUGCCUGAUCUUGCAAAAUGUUACCUAUUCAGUGCGGGUGGGGAGCCCGAGAAUAGACCAGAAAUCCCCGACGACCUCCGACGUCCCGGUGUACCAGGUCAUCUUGAACAAACGGUACCGGCCCCAUCGGUACUGGUCCUGGGUGGGUCGGGCCCACGACAUUGCCCUCCUCAAGCUCACGUGGCCGCUCAAAUACAACAAGUACGUCUGGCCCAUCUGCCUGCCUGGCUUGGACUUUGAGGUGAAGGACGGCUCCCUCUGCACUGUAACGGGCUGGGGUCUCCCCAAGUUUGACGGCGUGUGGCCCCAGUUCCGCAGCAUUCAGGAGAAGGGAGUCACCAUCCUGAACAGCAAGGACUGUGACAAGUUAUACCACAAGAUCUCCAAAGUGCCCUCUCUGGUUCGGGUCGUGGACUCCCAGAUGGUCUGUGCGGAGGACUUGAACCGGGAAAACUUCUGCUACGAGAUAAGCGGCGAGCCCUUGGCCUGUUCUGUGGACGCUACGUGGUACCUGGUGGGACUGGUGACCUGGGGCCCCGGCUGCGGGAGGAGCGAGGCCCCGCCCAUCUACCUGCAGGUCACCGCCUACCAGCACUGGAUCUGGGAACGGGUCAGCGGGCAGGCCCUGCCAGCCCCAUGCAGGGCCCUGCUCCUGGUGCUCCUGCUGUCCCUCAACCUCCUUGCUGCCCUCUGA